UUCCUGCCACCUCAGACAAUAAAAACAAGGCGAAGCCCACACAGUCGGCAGCAUCUCAGCUCAAGUCAAAGGCAGGCAUCAGAAGGAGGGGAAACUCGCGGACGGCGGGGAGAAAUAUGGACACAACGGCCGCGGAUCUGGGACUAGAGAUGUAGCUGCAAGGAUGCCGCCCAACUGCAUCUCCCGUUUGGUCCUGCUCGUGUGGCUGUGCGCGGUUUGGGAGGCGCGGGCCAAAUCUCUGCCAGAUCAGGGAGCAUUUGAGGUGCAAAUAAAAGUCCAGGUGUUCGAUAACAGCGACCUGUCACCGCUGGUAGACGCUCAGGUGGAAAUCCAUGGUAAUCAGACACUAUUGGCGUCUAGUCGCGCCGGCAGCGAUGGCGUGGUGAGGGUGAGCUUCACGUACCGCACGGGAACGUGGGUCAUCAUCACUGCCUCCAAACAAGACUACGUCACCAACUCUGUGCCCUGGCACUCCAACCGCAUCCCUUUGUAUGCGUCGGUCAGCCUGUACCUCCUCGUCCAGAGGCCGGGAACGCUCAUCCUGUAUGAUGACGUCCUGCAGGUGCUGUCUGGGUCACCAGGGGCUCGUAACCAGCCGCUGGUGCAGCUCCAGAGGAAGUCCAUUCAGCUGCCGUCCAGCUCCAACUACACAGCACUGUCUGCCUCACUGACCACAGCCAGGAGUCAGUAUGAGAUCGGUGGUUUCCCCUUCCUCCUGGGCCAGGAGACCAACAGCUCCGGUGCAGAAACAGGCUGGACAGACCUGACUGCACUGGCUGUGGUCAGCAUUCAACUCUUUGACAAAGAUGGCAGCUCAAUCAAGGUAGCAGAUCCGAUCCACAUCUCCGUGCCACUACCUUCAGAUACCCGCAACAGGAUGGCAACUAGUGUUCCUGCUUGGCUGUAUCAGCCAAAGACGGGACUGUGGGUUCGGAACGGGACGGGCUACAUUAAAAAGGAAGGUUCACAGUUUGUGUGGAACGUCGUGGUUCCUCAGAUGGGAUACUGGUUAGCAGCUUUUCCUUCAUCUUCAGGUUUCGGUCUGUCUCAUCCAGGCCUGAGGGACAUCACCACCUACCACACCCUGUUCCUGCUCUCCAUCCUGGGCUCGCUGGCUCUGCUGGUGCUCAUCUUGCUCUGUGUGCUGCUCUACUACUGCAGACGAAAGUGUUUGAAACCUCGUCGACAGCAAGGAAAACCCCACACGUCCAACCUAAGUGGAGCUAAAAGAGACCAGGGUACAUCUACAUCGCGUCUCAAUCUCAUCUGUGGAGGUCAUGUCGAAUCAGGCCCCUCCAAUGAAAAAUCCGACUUGUCCCCUUCUCGAGACUAUCAAAGUUCUAGGGAGGACUUGACAAAGCACGUCCCGGCCCACAUGCUGCGACACGCAAAGGGAAAAAACACUUCCAGUUCCCAACGGGGCGAGAGCUUCCCAAUGAAGGUUACACGUGCCACAGAGACCAACAACCUGGACAAUCCUUUGCUGCAUGAAGACUACAACCGGAGCUACAGCCCCAAGGAGGGCAAGGAGUCGGAGUAUCACAGACACCACAACGCUAAUGACAAUCGAGGAUACUCGUCCGAUCCCCCAUCACCACCUCGCUUUCAGGGCUACGUGCCAAGUCAGUCCGACAAACCUCCAGAAUAUUCAGCAGCAGCAGCAGACAGCCUUGCUAGGCCCACCUCUCUCAACACCCAGCCAGGGCAGAUCAUCUUCUGCAGCUCCAUUGACCAGAUGAAGGAGAACAUGUACCGGAGCAUGGUGCCAACCCUGGUUAUCCCAGCACACUACAUGCGCCUGCCGUCUGAGUUUUCCGGUAAAGACGGCAAGGACCAGAAGGACCAGGACAAAGACGGAGCACAACUGGGAGGAGGCCAGCAGCAUCACCACCACUCCCAGAAACAAGGACAGCAACAGCAGCAGCAAGGUGGAUCCCAAGGGGACGACUCUGAGGAGCCGAGCUGGGCCUCCGACUCCUCUGGUGGAGCUGUGACCAUCCCUGUGCUCUUCAAUGACUCCACCAUGGCUCAGAUGAACGGAGAGCUGCAGGCUCUGACCGAGAAGAAGCUGCUAGAACUGGGUGUUAAACAGCACCCACGGGCGUGGUUCAUCUCCCUGGAUGGGCGCGCCAAUGCUCAUGUGCGCCACUCAUACAUAGAUGUUGGGAAUGACCUCAGCGGUGGUGGUGGGUUUGGAGGGGGUUCCAGUAGCGCUGCACGAGACGUCAACCUUGAGCCCCCUCUAGAAUCUCAAGAGCGAAAAUUAUCUGCCAACCGGAAAGGAAGAGAUGAGCGCUGGGGGACAGGAGGACGGAAGGGCCAUGGCAUCAGCAGCAGCGGUGGGAAGAGUUAUUCCAAGCUAGCUUACCCUGACCACAGCGAGCCUAGCAGCAGUGAAGGACGGCCGGUUUCACCAGAGGAGAACUCCCUCACCCCUCUUCUGGACGAAGGCCCUUCCUCACGAGGAUCCACCAUCCCCAGAAGAGGACGCAGCCGUGUUAACAGCAGCCGCAGCAGCAACAGCGAGAACCGCCGCGAUUCCAUGACCAGCCCUGAGGACGAUCCCGACGACAAAGACGAGAACAAGAAGAGCCCCUGGCAGAAGAUCGAAGACAGGCCUCUCAUGGUCUUCCACCCCAGGAAGUGAGCUUUUUUAACUUAGUGAACACUGGACCUUUAACAGUCUGUUCAGAGGGGAAAGAUGAGGGAAUUUUUCUCGGAUAAAGAUCACACUAAGCACAACGGCUGCGUCACUGGUCCGAUUUCAGGUUGUUGUUUGACUUUUUUUGUUGAGGUGCUUUGACUCAUCGUGUCACUGUCAGUUAAUCCCUCUGGUUUCUGCUGACUUGAUCGCUCGUAAACUCAAUCUGUCCAGUUUAUUGUGCAUUCUGUCAACCCGUCACAUCACCGAACCAUCCUCUGAGCCAUUGCUUACAAAGACUAUGGAAAUAGCCAUUUUAUAGAGCAAGAUAUAACAGAGCACUUAUGAAUAAUUUGGUAACUUAUUGAUACUUAAACAUUUGGACACGGAUAACAUUUUUUAUGGGAUUGACUGAUAUGCUGGCGAAUCCUUUUUCUCUUCUCGAUUAAUCUUACACAAAAUUUUCUUCCCUUUGUCCUAAAUUUAAACUACGUUCACACUGCAGGUCUUAAUGCUCAAAUCUGAGUUCUUUGUGAAAUCCAUUUUUUUUUGCGUGGUCAUUCACGUUAUCAUUUCACUGCAAUCUUCAUCCCACUGAAGUGUGAAUGGUAUGUGGCCCUGAAGUGACAUGCAUGCGCAGAGGAUAACACAAUGUCACGCAGUGGGUAGUAUUUACUGAUAUAAUGGAUGCUUCACAUCUGUUUAUCAGUUUGGAAGUACUUGCCCACUCUGAACUGAUAAAAUUAUGCUCACUAGAUAAAUGAAAAGAGGAGCCUGAGGAAGAGGAGAGCACAAAUGUUAACAAUGGCAUUUUGUGGAGCAGUGGGUCCUACUUCUGUCCGAACCCGAACCCGUUCAGAUGAUUACCAAACCCGACCUGCGGAUAUCUUCCAGUGAAAUCUGGAAGAUGUCGGAACUGAGCUGCAGUGUAAACGGAGCUUUACAAUAUUUUCUUAAAAAGAAACACUUCCCUAAAGCCCGAAUAACUAGAAAACGAGUUUUUCAUUGAGCCCCUGUGAAUGGACGACUCAGUUGCUUGCAUUUUGCUCCUUCAGGGAUAUACUUUGAUUUCUUUCUCCUGUACUGUUAAAACAUCUUGUACUUUCUUAUUGAGAUUAUCAUAAUUUGAGUUGACCUUUUUUUUUCACUGAUGAAACACAACGAUCCACAGUACAGUUCUGCCAAAAGUUAGAUUUUUUUUUCUUUUUUUGUCUUUCUCCUCUUGCAAUUUUAAUUUCUUUUCAGCCAGCUCUCAUUUCUUUGUGUAAAUAGGCGUCCAGACAUUUAAGCACCAUUUGUUAUAGGAAGGUUGCAUGCACAUGAAUGUAUGAAAUUUAGCAGAAGGCACCAAAAGCAGCCCCACUCUCACAUUUCUCUGGGUUCCCCUAAUCACCAAGAAAUAUGUGAUAACUCAGCAAAACCACCAUUUUACUUGAAGAUUCGCCACUAAGAUCCACGUGGUUGUUUGUAGACGGGGCCUGUACCACUUCUCUCCUGUAAGUGCCUUCUUCCACACAUGAUCGAGUAAUAGGCAUGCCCUUUAAAAUGCAGUUAGUCGUCAUCUAGGCUGCGCUGUCCAGAUCAGCAGGCUUUAUGGUAACAUGCAUCACUCCAGGGAUCAUGCCUGCCAAAACCAACAGCUUUUUCUUGUGGCUGUUCCAUCCUUAGCUAUCUAAAAAAAGUCUUGUAUCCUCUUUUUCACCAAAUUUGUAAAUGUUAUGAUGAAUUCUACGGGAUAUUAUGUGUAUACAAUGUGCAUGUAACAUGUAGAAUAGGGUGUUUUUAAUGAAACCUUUUUUUUAACAAUAAUGUGGACAUUUGGCACAAAACAUGACACAAGCAUUGAACUGCGUUGCCAAAUGAACUCGGUCGUAUAAAGAUACACUGACUUUCCCUUAAUAUCUCUCUGAUGAAAUCCACUUCCGGUCGUAAAUGUUUACAACAAUAACAUACUGACCAACAUGCUCCCACUUCUACUAGCAUCACUGCCUGUGGCACAUCCGCAACUUGAAGAAGAAGAUGCUUUUUUCUUGUUUGUAAUGAGUUGCCUCCGAAGUGAAAAUAUUAGGAAAUUCCUGCUGACGUGUCUUCAUUCGCUUGCUGUUCAUACGCCCGUGUCACUCGCCUACAGUGCAAACUGAAAACGUGAUGAAAUCAAAGUCUGAAGAACAAAAACGGCCAAGAAACUGAUCCUGCUGAAUUUUCUCAUGUCCGCUGCUAAGUGUAAAGUUUUUUGGACCAGUUAUGGAAUAAUUAUAAGUUGUGAAGUUGUGGCUUUUGCUUUGCUUGUUUUGGUUUUACACGACGGGUCUGCUUUUCUCAGUUUCGUGAACUUGUGUCUCAGAAAGUACUCAAAGUCACAAGUGUUUUAGCAAGAGGACUGAAUCCCCUGAGGGGGACACUUUGAAUCUGGCAACUCACCUUGCUGGGUUUUACUGGUGGUUGUGAGGGUGAGGAGGACUGAGCUGUAGGCCUUCAUCCUGUGCAGUAAAGCAUUCCCUUCAUAAAUCUGGUCAGUUGUUUGUAAAACUGUAAAUUUCUUCUUUCUGUACAUGACACAAGAUGGAAAUAAAUCUGUUCCCACA